GCUCGCCUCUAAACACGCAGAUCUGUCACUGAGCUUUGCUUGUGAGGUAUGUUUGGCUUUAACUUUGCUUAUAUGAAACUGACAGUAAACCAGUUUGAGCUGAAAGGCUUUAAACGCUGAUGUGGUUCAGCAGAGCUCACAGAGUGAAGUAAAGACACCAUAAAUAGACUUUAAAGCAAGUGACUGUGGGUCUAAAGAAGGGCUCUCCCUGUGUUUGAUCCUUUGCCCUACUUUCACUUUCACAGUAAAUAAGUAAGCUAAGGGUCCGGAUGGCAGGCAGGCGCUCGCUCCCAGAGGUGGACCUCUCCUGUCCCAUCUGCUGCGAAAUCUUCAGGGACCCGGUGGUCCUCAAGUGCAGCCACAGCUUCUGUGCACCCUGUCUGCAGCAGUACUGGAGUGGAGGAGCACGCAGCCGAGACUGUCCUCUGUGCAGGACCCAGAGUGUGGACGAACCGGUGCCCAGUCUCACCCUGAAGAACCUGUGUGAGUCUUACAUCCAGGAUAGCGAGGGCGUGGAGGAAACGCCCGGGGAGCUGUACUGUGACCCGGGGGAGAUGUGCCCUCUUCACGGGGAGAGGCUGAAGCUUUUCUGCGUGCCGGACAAGGAGCCGAUCUGUGUGGUCUGCCACACCUCGAGGAGGCACAAACAGCAUGAUUGUUGCCCCAUCAGCGAGGCUGUCAUAGACGUGAAGGAGAAAAUGAAGUCUGUCCUCAGCUCUCUGCAGGAGAAGAGGGACGCUUUUGACAAAAUGAAGAAAAACUACGAGGAUACUGUGGCAUGCAUUCAGGUCCAGGCUCGAUUUGUGGAGAGGCGGACCCGAGAGGAGUUUGCAAAACUUCACAGCUUCCUUGAAGCCGAGGAGGAGGCCAGGAUGGAGGCGCUGAGGGGGGAGGAAGAGCAGAAGAGUCGAGCAAUUAUGCAAAAGAUCGAAGAAAUUACGAGAAGUAUUACGUCUGUGUCCGAAUCCAUCAGAGUUUUAGAGGAGGAGAUAGCUUUGGAGGGCAUUUCUGUCCUUCAAAAAUGCAAGGGGACAUUGGCAAGAGCUAACAGCCCAGUGGAAGAUCCAGUUAUGGCUCCAGGAGCACUCAUAGAUGUGGCCAAAUAUCUGGGCUCUCUGAACUUCCAUGUGUGGGAGAAGAUGCAUAAAAUUGUCAAAUACACCCCAGUGACUCUGGACCCUAACACCGCCGCCCCGUGGCUCGUCCUGUCAGACGACCUCACCUCCGUCUCUGACAGUGAUGAGAAGCAGAAGCUGCCCGACAACCCGGAGAGGUUUGACCCCGACACCGGUGUGCUGGGCCGCGAGAGCUUCACCUCAGGCAAGCACGCCUGGGAUGUCAACGUGGGGGAUAACACGGCGUGGGUCGUUGGCGUGGCCAAAGAAUCAGUCCAGAGGAAAGAGAAAGUGGCCUCUGUGCUGAAGAACGGCUACCUGAGUGUGUACUUUUAUCACAAAAUGUACUUUGCAGGCACCUCUCCUUUAACAAGGCUGAACUUGAAGAGGAACCCGCAGCGGGUCAGAGUGCAGCUGGAUUGUGAUAAAGGCAGGGUGUCUUUUUACGACCCACACGACGACACGCACAUCUACACCUUCAAGCAUGUCGACACUGAGAAGGUCUUCCCGUAUUUCUGGGUGGGCUGUCAGCAGUGUCCUCUGACGGUGGAGCCGCUGGAGGUUUCUCUGAAAGCUGUUGAAUAUUUCUGAAUUUCCACGUCAUAACUUUAACUUUUCGUCAGCACAAAGGGAAUGGGAACAAAGAGAGGAGAGCUCUCAGAAUCUGAAAUUCUGUGUUCAGUAAAGUCUUGCAACCUUGUCCAUUUUCAAACAUAAUUAAUACUUUGCCAGUGCACUUUACAGUAAGCGAUUGCAUACUUAAUUUUGAUCUCUGCACUUUGAACUACUAUAGAAGGGCCCCUUUUAUUUCUUCAUAAAUGUUUUGCAACAUACAGUCUGGUACCAUAAUGUGUGUUUUAAAUAUUAACCAAAAUUAUAGCUGUUUGAUGGCUCGAAUUUUGUGAAAUGAUUUUUGAAUGUGUAUUUCAAACUCUAAAGGUUGUUGGUAUUUUUAAGCACUACUUUUCUUUAUAACUACAAAUGUAUAAAUGUGCUUUUUUGUGCAAAUACUAAUGACAGUGCUAAUUAACCAAUAAAUUAUUUGCAAAUAUCACGGCUUUGCAUGCUUUUGUGCAACCUGCAGGCCCUGUCUGUAGUUAAAAAAUACAUGUUUGGCCUACAAUAAUAAAAAAGGGUGGUUUUUUAGGUGUAAAUGGUGCACAUGACUUUAUAGGUUAUGAGUAGUAACAUGAAAAUUGUUCCAUAUAUAAUGAACAAUUGUAUAAAAUUAUUACAAGGCAGUGUAUAAUAUAAAAUCAACC